AUGGCUACCACCGCCCCCGCUGAGGGCACUCGCCCGACCGACUAUGAUCUGAUGCCCCGGAUCAUCCCCUACCUCGACCGGCACCUGGUUUUCCCCUUGCUUAUGUUCCGCAGUGAGGAGGAUAAUGAAUACAUUCGGCUCGCCUACGAACUCUUGAAGCCCACCAACAUCGUCGGCUUCAGCGAACAACUAUGGGGAAUGUUCAACGAUACCGAGGCUCCCGCCGAGUUGAAGAAGAAAGAGGCCGAUAUCGCGGCGGAGAAGGAGCGUCUGGAGGCCAAGACUGAGAAGAUGAACGCAGUCUUCGCCGACGAGGAGGUUCUGAACAGCAUGCGCAGCGACAAGGCUGCCAACUUCCGCUUCCUCGAGGAGAACUACGGCGUCACAAACGAGAUGGUCAACGACCUCUACGACUACGGCCGAUUCCUGUACAGCACUGGCGACUAUGGCAACGCCGCCAUCACCCUUUUCCAGUUCCGUUUCCUGUCCACCGAUAACGAGAAGCUCGCCUCCGCUACCUGGGGUCACUUGGCUUGCGAAAUCUUGAACGGCCGCAACCGUGAGAACCCCGCUUGGGAGCAGUCCUUCGAGGCUGCCCUCGGUGAGGUCCCCAAGGUCAAGGACUCAAUCGAGACCCGCCUGUUCAGCAACCCUCUUGGCCAGCUCCACAGCCGCACAUGGCUCAUCCACUGGUGCUUGUUCCUUCUCUUCGACCACGACUCCGCCCGCGACACUAUCACCGACCUCUUCUUCUCCCCCGCCUUCAUCAACACCAUCCAGACCAGCUGCCCCCGGGUUCUGCGCUACCUCGCCGCUGCCGUUGUCACGAACCGCAACCGCCCCCACAAGCACAGCGGUGUUUACCCCAAGCAAUUGAAGGACCUUGUUCGCGUUGUGCGCCAGGAGGGUUACGAAUACAGUGACCCCAUCACCGACUUUGUGAAGGCUCUUCACAUCGACUUUGACUUUGAGGAGGCCCAGAAGAAGCUGGGUGAGGCUGAGGCCGUCCUGCGUGACGACUUCUUCCUGCACGGUCAGGCCGAUGCCUUCAUUGAGGCCGCCCGUCACCUCAUCUCCGAGAGCUACUGCAAGAUCCACCAGCGGAUCGAUAUCAAGGACCUCUCUACUCGUCUCGGUUUGAGCGAGGACGAGGGUGAGAAGUGGAUCGUCAACUUGAUUCGCAACACCCGCGUCGAUGCCAAGAUCGACUACAAAGCCGGCACUGUCAUCAUGAACCACCCUCCCUCGUCGGUGUACCAGCAAGUCAUUGAGAAGACCAAGGGUGCUUUCUUCCGCACACAAGUCUUGAGUUCGGCUGUCGCAAAAUAA